AUAAUCUUUCUAGUUCUGUUUAUCAAGAAACUAGAUAAAAAUCUGAGAUUUUAUAUAGAUUAUUAUAUUUUAAAUAUUAUUUUUGUCACGAAUUAUUACCCGCUGCUGCUGGUUAAAGAGACUCUAAAUAAUCUAAAAAAAAUACAGUACUUUAUU